GCUGACACUAUCAUUGACAUAUAAAUUGGGAACGAUGUUUGGGGCGUUGAAAAAAUUAUUUCUUGUCAAGUAGGCUGGACCCUUAUCAUUGCCGCAACCAAGAAAACCGCCAGUACCAUAUAUUCUUCUUCAAUAAUCUAUCUUUAUGGCGUCCUACACGUAAUGCUGGUCAUAUAUUCAAAGGUCCUCUCAUACGUAUCUGGCAGGUGCUAAACAUAGAGGGGUUGGCUUUGAGUGCGGCAUCAUUCUAGUGUUAUGUGUGCAGACCUCCGUUAUCUGCACUGCCUAAGUCGUGAUUUGCCAGGCCUUGACACCUCGACACCUCGAACUGAAGAUAUAAAUUCAGCGCAUCAGCCGAGAGAUACCUCAGUACUUUUGAAAAUAAUUCUGCCUAGGCAACCCAACCCCACUACUGCAAAGUCUUUGAAUUUCUAUUCAAUUCUUCCUCCCUCCAACUCUUCUGCAAAUCUUUCCUUCGUUCAACAUUUCUCAUCUCUCACCCAGCUUAUUUUGUCUACCUACUCAGACAUAAUGAGCGGACAAUUUCCGACACAAGGGGCGCCGCCCUCGUAUGAUCAACCCUACGCGUCUGACGCGUCGUUCGCAGGCUUUGAUCAGCAGCAUACAGAGGGACCAAACGAGUACACUUAUCUCAGCGACGAAUAUGACUAUUCCAGCGACGAAUCUGACUAUUCCAGCGAAGAUAACGUUGAAGCGAUAGUUCAAAGAUACGACGACCUGGACUACAUAACGGUACUUGACAAUUGGAUAAGUUCGAAUAUGAAUCCGUGCUGUGCCUAUUGCCAGAGAGUCCGCUGCCAAUCGUUCCGCGCAAUUAUCAAAGAAUUCGACUUCACGAAUGAUGAGUUGCUAGAGGCUUUCAAGGAUGCAGAUGCACUUUUCGCUGGCGACAUUUCUGAUAGUCACACCUUGAAUCGCGUGGCUAGCAAGACAAAUGUUUGAUCUAGUUGCCGAAUUUGACGACUUUGACCUGAGAUGGCCUUUCCAGCCGUGUCCUGUGGUAGGACAACCUGCGCCGAUGGGAUCUGCUUUACCAUAUGUGCAGCCUCAGCAGCAACAUGCAGCCCACCCGGCCCAAUCAGCAGCCCUGCCGAGCGCCCAUUCGGAAACUGCUCAUGGAGGCCGUGACUCUUCUCUGGCCACCUCGCAGGCGCCUUCCUAUAGUACAUACGCUCAUAGCACGUCUUCGUAUAAUGAGCCCUUGACUGCCUUACCAAUGCCCGCCUCACAGACUGCUGCUCCCUCAGCUUUUCAGACCCUCCAGGCGUUUCAAGGUCCUCGGGUUCCUCAGGUCCAGCAGGUCCAGCAAACUCAGCAGGCUCCCCAGGGGCCUCAGGCUCCUCAGACCUUUCAGGAUUCCCAAGCCCAAGCCCUUCAGGCCCUUCAAACCCUUCAGGCCAUAAUCCUUCAGGCCCCUCAGGCCCCUCAGGGAUCAAAUAAUUGAGUGGGGAAUUUUUGCCUAUAUUGUACCUUUCAUUGACCACAUGGGCCAUAAGCAAAGUAAUCGAGAUAGGUAGAUUAAUAGUUAUGAAGGUUAUCAAAUUCUUUUAAUUUCGUAAGGGGCCGUAAUAAUGAUUAUUGAAACAAAUUCAUAUAUCUCCAUCUAGACGUGACUAGAUGAGGUAAAGCCUUCUAUCAUCUGCGUAGCGUACCUUAGUUCAUCUUGCAAAAGAUGCUGACUUUCAAAG